AUAAUAUAUAGACUUCCGCUUUUACCUAGACUGGAUUCUUGUUUAGAGCUGAGUCAAUAUGGGGCGUGUGAGAACAAAGACGGUGAAGAAGGCUGCUCGUGUCAUCAUCGAGAAGUACUACACCAGACUGGGCAGUGACUUCCAUGUCAACAAGAGGGUGUGUGAGGAGAUCGCCAUCAUCCCCAGCAAACCUCUGCGCAACAAGAUCGCAGGAUAUGUGACCCACCUGAUGAAGAGGAUCCAGAGGGGUCCUGUUAGAGGCAUCUCCAUCAGACUGCAGGAGGAGGAGAGGGAGAGGAGAGAUAACUACGUUCCCGAGGUCUCUGCCCUCAGCCAAGAGAUCAUUGAGGUAGAUCCUGACACCAGGGAGAUGUUGAAGAUGUUGGAGUUCGGCAGCCUCCCCACUCUACAGGUGACCCAGCCAAGCAUUGGAAUGAACUUUAAAACCCCCAGAGUCUAAGUUUUACCAAAUAAGAAAUAAAAACAUGGGGGGAAAAAAAGGUUU